CCUCUAUCUGCCUCAACUCCCUACACGAUCCCCGUAAACGGUUCUGGGCGAAUAUUGCAAGAACCAGCCCAUCUACAGCAGCUUGCAAAUCUAGAAAUGCCUCAUGAGCAGCUUUCAAGAUAUUCCCAGGCCUGAAACUAGAUACAAUGGUAGCUCGUCGCGUUUUCACCCAACCUGGCUGCUCUCACUGCCGCCUAGCCGUUCUCAAAUUUUUUACCCAUCCCACCAGUACCCUACCUAGCACGAGAGCCAGUCUCCUCCGCUACCGCUUCCUAACAAAUACGGCCAUACCAGGCCGGAAUUUUUCGUCACAAACCAUUUGGAGAGAGCCUUUAUCUGACCCCAUGCCAGCUGAGGAGCACCCCGACGAGCAUGGCGCUCUUGACAACCAUCAGCACGAGGCUGCCGCAGAAGAAUCAAACUUGGCUGCCAUUCCUUGGUACCUUCAGGUCGAACCCCCAAGGCAUGUCGCUCCCAUUGAGCCACCCCCACUUCCCGAGGUGCCAGAGGGAUCGCCUACCGUUGUACGUGCAUUGUUAGGAUAUAUCUCGGAGGAUUUAGGUCUUCACGAUCUUUCAUUACUAGAUCUUCGAGAGUUGGAUCCACCCCCUGCCUUGGGCCCGAAUCUUUUCAUGCUAUUCGGCACUGCGCGAAGCGAACGCCACCUGAACGUGUCCGCGGGGCGCCUGCUGCGAUGGUUACGGGCCAAGCAUCAUAUCCAUGCUCAUGCUGAUGGCCUGCUAGGGCCCAACGAGCGCAAGCUGAAGUUGCGCCGGAAAGCCAAGCGCGCGAAACUCCUAGGGAGGACAGAAGAUGAGGAAGACGACGGUAUUAAGACCGGCUGGAUUUGUGUCAACCUUGGCACAAUCGGCCGUGGCACGGAGGAGUCUGCUGUAGUCGCUGACGAUGGGCGUGUCGCCGGGUUUGGUCUUUCACACCAUGGAUCCACCGUCAUUGUUCAAAUAAUGACCGAGUCCCGAAGGGCUGAGAUGGGCCUUGAGACUCUCUGGGGCCAAGCUUUACAUCGGCUGGCUGGUGGCGCCCCCGAAUCGAACUCGAACGACCUCCAGCUUCCAGAGGAGUCUACGUCAUUAACCUCUUAUCCAACUACGGUGCCCGGGAGCGGUCGUUUCGAGGACACUUUCAGGGGGGCGCCGUAUGGCAAAGCGCGAUUCUAUUCAACGGAGCGGACAGUUACCGGAGAAUCAGCAGGGUUUGAACCUCUAUUGGAUAUUAACACGAACGAAGCGCUUAGCAAAGUUCUCAAGUACAAUACUCUCCAAAAACAUCGCGUCUUCCAACUUCUUCAAGCUUGUCUUGAGGAGCCGCCUACGUUUUCAGCCCAGCAGCCCCCCGGUGUAUCAGACCAACAAGCCACGCAAACGCACUUUCUUCGAUUAUCUCAGAUUGUGUGCCAAGGUCUCCCCCCAUAUAUGAGCUGGGGAUUCCGUCUUGCCACUCAGACUCAGGCAUACGAGAAUAGUACAACUGUUCCCGUCGAUAUGUUUAAGGAUGUGGAGCAGCUCGUCAGGGAGAUGCGCUUAUACGGCAUCGAGGCUACUAGAAAGCAGUAUUUGCAGCUGCUGACUUGCAUAUACAGUUCAAAUUCUUCUGGUCAGCGCGAAAAGACCAAGCUCGCCCUCGAAUUACUGAAGACGGUGCAACAACGCGGACAUCCGGUUCUUGCUAAUGAUAUAAUCGUCACCAUCAUUGAAGCGACGGCUCGGUCAAUUGAGCGGUCCGAGUCGCCGCAACUGAUACGACGACUGGAGGACCUUCUGCUACAAGCGGACCUACCCUGCAUAGACGAGCCAUUUCUCAUCAGACUAAUGGAAGCAUACGCCCGACGGCGUGAUUGGGAACGGGUUUGGAACGUCUGGCGCAUACCCCCAAAAUACCUACGGCCUCGAUCGGCAGCCAUGUACAUUCGGAUUUACGAACUGGCCGCUGCUACACGUUCGCCAGUACUAUGUACCAUGAUACUGAGGAGGUGUUUCCAGGAAAUGCUGACGGAAGACCCGCCUGUGCGACCUGGCGGCGCAGUGCUGACGGCGCUGAUGCAGUGCAUUCGUCUCGCAGAUCCCCAUGCCGAACGCAUUUUCGAGUCUAUGUCUAAAAAUGCCACGGCCCAGGGGAGAUUGGCUAAAAGGGAAUUUGUGAGGCUCUUGAGAGACAUUCAAAUCCUAGCCCGCUAAAACGGGUGAUGUUAGCGCCCUACGUGCGAUUGAAGCUUCAGCAACAUCGCCAGGUUUUCGUCCACAGCAACAGCUAAUAGCACCCUCGAUGUAAAUUAGCGACCUUCCUUGAAACCCGCAUAUCUUCUCAAUUUCGCCCCAGGAUCACUU